CUAAGGUGUUAUUUAAAUAAAAGCACGAUUUUUCUUAUUUUGUGUUUCAUUAAGGUUUCUGAUCUCUCUCAAUCAAAAUGGUAUUUCAAUUUCAACGCUUAAUAAUUUUGGGUCUAGUAACUUGGUUUUUUGUUGGUGUCUUAAGUGAUCAUGAAUGUGAAACACCUUAUGAGGUUGAAGCUUUGCCUGAAUCGUAUGCGCAUCUUGGAGAAGGACCCCACUGGGAUGUUGCAACUCAAAACUUGUUUAUGGUUGACAUUGAAGCCGGAAAGCUCAAACGUUUUGACUAUAAACUGAAUAAAAUUUACGAAUGCCAAAUUGAAAAUGAAACAUUUGCUUCAUUUGUCAUUCCAAUCGAUGGAUUUACCGAUCAAUUUGCUGUUGGAAUUGGACAUCGUAUUGCAAGCGUUAAAUGGGAUGGUAUUUCAAAAACAUGUAAAGUCGAUAGAACACUGCUCACUGUUGAAGAAUCGAGGGAGUACGAAACUAACCGUUUUAAUGAUGCAAAAUGUGAUCCUCGUAAUCGUCUUUAUGCUGGAACAAUGCAACAAAAUAGAACCGGAGGGAGCACUGGAAAUUUAUACAAAGUUACGAAAUUAAAUUCAUAUGAUCUAUUGAUAAAGGAUUUAAAAAUUUCAAAUGGUUUAGCCUUUGAUGAAAAUGCAAAGAAGCUCUAUCACAUUGAUUCUAAAAAGUAUAAUGUAAUGUCAUACGAUUACGAUAUCAACAAUGGUGAAAUUAAAAACCCAAAAGUUGUUUUUGAAUUAAGUGGAUAUGGAGAUAACGUAGUUCCAGAUGGCAUGACCAUAGAUUCCGAAGGGUUCUUGUACGCUGCCAUAAAUGGUGGCUCAGCUGUAUUCAAAAUUGAUCCAAAGAACGGACACGUUUUGCUUAAAAUAAUGAUACCAGCUAAACAAGUUACUUCCGCUGCGUUUGGUGGCCCGAAUUUGAAUAUUUUAUAUGUCACAACAUCCGAUGAAACAUCACCAUCUGGAAGAUCGCAGGCUUUUAAAGUGACUGGGUUAGGUUCAAAGGGCUUGCCAAUGAAAAAUGUGAAACUCGAAAAUUUUAACAUAUAAAUCGUUUUCUUCAAUUUAUGAAAAAACGCGAAUAUUUUUGUUUUUUA